AUGGUAGGCUGUGACUUAUUCGAGUUCGAGUCAGCACACUACGUUCUACUUGUAGAUUAUUACUCGAUGUACAUUGACGUACAGAAACUUGGAACUCAGUCAACGUCGUCCGUGAUCAAGGUCCUAAAGUCCAUCUUCAGCUGCCAUGGACUACCCAACAAACUACGCUCAGAUAAUGGUCCACAGUUAAGUUCGGCAGAAUUCAAGAGUUUCUGUUCUGAGCUGGGAAUAGGGCACGAGACAUCUAGCCCACACGUCCAAAGCUCUUACGGCGAGGCUGAGAGAGCUAUACAGACAAUCAAAAUACUUUGGAAAAAGUCAGCAGACAAGCAAUUAGCCCUGCUAGACAACCGCACAACCCCACUCGAUGGGAUCAACUUGACGCCGUCCCAACUCCUAAUGGGAAGACGUCCAAGGAACACUUUACCAGCGUCCAAGGACAUACUCAAACCAAGCACACACGACAACAUAAGGAUACAGACCCAUUUCAACCAGCAGAAGAAGAGACAAAAGUUUUACUACGACAACCGUAGAGGAGCAAAGGAGUUGUCCCCCCUCAGUGCUGGGGACUGUGUCCGCAUCAGUCCCAACCCCAACUCCUCGCCCAAAACCUGGACACCAGGAACAGUGGUUAAGCGAUACAACAAACCUCGUUCCUAUGUUGUCGCCAGCGGCGAUCGCACCUAUCGUCGGAACCGGAAGCACCUGUGGUUGGCGACCCCUUCGACAAACCAAACCGCAGCAAACAUUGAACCUGACCCGCCACUACGGACGUCAUACCGGAGGAGACAAAUUACGAACAGACUAGUGAUGAACCAGUAA